AUGGGGCUAUUCCCGUUGAUUGGAGAGGGUGGUGAAAAGGAGGACACGGAGACCCAGGCUGUGGCAACGUCCCCCGACGGUCGCUACCUCAAGUUUGACAUUGAGAUUGGACGUGGCUCCUUCAAGACGGUGUAUCGAGGGCUAGACACCGACACCACGGUGGAGGUGGCUUGGUGUGAGCUGCAGACUCGGAAACUGUCUCGAGCUGAGCGGCAGCGCUUCUCAGAGGAGGUGGAGAUGCUCAAGGCACUGCAGCACCCCAACAUCGUCCGCUUCUACGACUCAUGGAAGUCGGUGCUGAGGGGCCAGGUCUGCAUCGUGCUGGUCACCGAACUCAUGACCUCGGGCACGCUCAAGACAUACCUGAAGCGGUUCCGAGAGAUGAAGCCGCGAGUCCUUCAGCGCUGGAGUCGCCAAAUCCUUCGGGGACUUCAUUUCCUGCACAGCCGGGUACCCCCCAUCCUGCACCGGGAUCUCAAGUGCGAUAACGUCUUUAUCACAGGUCCUACGGGCUCCGUCAAAAUCGGGGACCUGGGCCUAGCCACACUCAAGCGUGCCUCCUUUGCCAAGAGUGUCAUUGGGACCCCGGAAUUCAUGGCGCCGGAGAUGUACGAGGAAAAGUACGAUGAAGCUGUGGACGUGUACGCGUUUGGCAUGUGCAUGCUGGAGAUGGCCACCUCGGAGUACCCAUACUCUGAGUGCCAGAAUGCCGCACAAAUCUACCGCAAGGUCACUUCGGGCACAAAGCCCAACAGCUUCUACAAGGUCAAGAUGCCCGAGGUGAAGGAGAUCAUUGAAGGCUGCAUCCGCACGGAUAAGAACGAGAGGUUCACGAUCCAGGAUCUCCUGUCCCACGCCUUCUUCCGUGAGGAGCGCGGCGUGCACGUGGAGCUGGCGGAGGAAGACGACGGCGAGAAGCCGGGCCUCAAGCUCUGGCUGCGCAUGGAGGACGCGCGGCGCGGGGGGCGCCCGCGGGACAACCAGGCCAUCGAGUUCCUGUUCCAGCUGGGCCGGGACGCGGCCGAGGAGGUGGCGCAGGAGAUGGUGGCUCUGGGCUUAGUCUGUGAAGCUGAUUACCAGCCAGUGGCCCGCGCAGUGCGUGAACGGGUUGCCGCCAUCCAGCGAAAGCGUGAGAAACUGCGCAAAGCUAGGGAGCUGGAGGCCCUCCCAUCCGAGCCAGGACCUCCACCAGCAACUGUCCCCCUGACAUCUGGACCUCCCAGUGUCUUUCCUCCGGAGCCCGAGGAGCCAGAGGCAGACCAGCACCAGCCCUUCCUCUUUCGCCAUGCCAGCUACUCAUCCACCACCUCGGAUUGCGAGACUGAUGGCUACCUCAGCUCCUCCGGCUUCCUGGAUGCCUCAGACCCCGCCCUUCAGCCCCCCGGGGAGGUGCCAUCCAGCCCCGCUGAAUCCCAGCUCUGCCUGCCCUCGGCUUUUGCCCUAUCCAUUCCACGUUCCGGCCCUGGCGGUGACUUUUCCACUGGGGACAGCUAUGCCUCAGAUGCAGCAUCAGGCCUUAGUGACAUAGGAGAAGGGAUGGGACGAAUGAGGAGACCCCUAGGGAGAAACCUUCGGCGCAGACCCCGAUCCCGGCUGCGGGUCACAAGUGUCUCAGACCAGAAUGACAGAGUGGUUGAGUGCCAGCUACAGACCCACAACAGCAAGAUGGUGACCUUCCGAUUUGACCUGGAUGGGGACAGCCCGGAAGAGAUCGCAGCUGCCAUGGUGUACAAUGAGUUCAUUCUGCCCUCGGAGCAAGAUGGAUUUCUGAGCCGGAUUCGGGAGAUUAUCCAGCGAGUGGAGACCCUGUUGAAGAGAGAUACUGGUCCUGUGGAGGCUGCUGAAGACACUCUAAACCCCCAGGAGGAGCCAACACCCCUGCCUGACCUCCCAGGACCCCUCCCAGGCCCAGCUAGUGCAGAGCCCCAGAGCAAUGCCUCCCUGGAGCAGAGGAGCUGGGCAGUCUUCUCCACCUCCUCAUCUUCUCCUGGAACGCCUCUGUCUUCUGGAAACCCACUUUCCCCUGGAACCCCCGUUUUCCCAGGUUCCGCCUUCCCCAUCAGUUCCCCCCACUGUCAUCCCAGCUCCUGUGCAUUCUCCCCCAUUUCUUCCCAGGUCCUCUCACAUUCCUCACCACACCCCCCCAGCUCUCCACUUCCCUUCCCCUCCAGUGCAUCUGAGUUUCCAAUCCUGUGCUCUCAGAGUUCCGUGCCCCCCAGUUCUCCACCUGAAUUCUCCCCCAGUUGUUCCCAGGCCACUCUAAGCGCCCCUUUCAUUCCUCCACGCUCCCCCACUUCUCCCCUCCCCCCCACCACAGCGGCCCCUCUCCUCUCUCUGGCUAGUGCCUUCUCACUGGCUGUGAUGACCGUGGCCCAGUCCCUGCUGUCCCCCUCGCCUGGGCUCCUUUCCCAGUCUCCUCCAGCCCCUCCUAGUCCCCUACCCAGCCUGCCUCCACCCUCUCCCCUUGCGCCCUAUGGCCCGGAGAGCCCUUCACCUCACACAGCUGAGAUGGAGAGUGAGGCCCCCCGAAGUCCUGCUUGGCCACUCCUGGGUGAAGGCAGACUGGCACCCAUCUCUGAAGAGGGAAAGCCCCAGCUUGUUGGGCGUUUCCAGGUGACUUCAUCCAAAGAACCGGCUGAGCCUCUUCCCCUGCUGCCAGCAUCCCCAAGUCUCUCCAGUUCUCUGAAGCCUCCAACCCCUCAGCUGACCUCAGAGAGCUCAGACACUGAGGAUAGUGCCAGAGAUGGGCCAGAGACUAGGGAAGCUCUGGCUGAGAGUGACCGUGCAGCUGAGGGCCUGGGGCCCAGAGUGGAGGAGGACGGAGACGAUGGGAAGGAGCCCCGAGUUGGGGGUAGCCCCCCACUCCUGAGCCAUCCUAGCCCAGUGUGGAUGAACUACUCCUACAGCAGCCUGUGUCCGAGCAGCGAGGAGUCGGACAGCAGUGGAGAGGAUGAGGAGUUCUGGGCUGAGCUGCAGAGCCUUCGGCAGAAGCAUUUGUCAGAGGUGGAGGCACUGCAGACACUACAGAAAAAGGAAAUUGAGGACUUGUACAGCCGGCUUGGGAAGCAGCCCCCGCCAGGCAUUGUGGCCCCGGCUGCUAUGCUGUCCAGCCGCCAGCGCCGUCUCUCCAAGGGCAGCUUCCCCACCUCCCGCCGCAACAGCCUGCAGCGCUCUGAGCCCCCAGGCCCUGGCAUCAUGCGAAGGAACUCCCUGAGUGGCAGCAGCACCAGCUCCCAGGAGCAGCGGGCAAGCAAGGGGGUGAAAUUCGCCGGGGAUGUUGACAGGAUGUGAAUUCAGAACAGAAUCCAUGUGUCUCCCCCACACCAGGGCCUACCAUGCCGCUUUUGCUCUCAGAAUCUGAUGCUUUUCUGACCAACACAACUGAGCAAGGAAGAACCCAGCAUUGAGGGGGUAGAAGGCCAGGGGAACAUGGCGAAUGCAGCUCCCUUAUAGUGAAGAGCCAAACAUGUGGGAACCGUUCGCUGUGUGGAGGUGUCAGUUCUGCAGCUGCCAUCUUCAUCUCCACCCCUUCCUCAGCCAAGGGUCAACCACUAAGCAAUCCCACCCAAGCCGAUGCUUCUAGAAGGCUCACUCCCAGUUGGGAGAGUGUAGAGGGUGUGCUCACACCGGAAUUCACAGCUGACAAUAAAAAUGCUGGAAACAAG